AAUUUCAUCCAUACUCAAAGCUAAAGUACUCAUUUGCAUACUAAUUAAACAACUUCGAAUCACGUUUACUUGAAAGACAGACUUAGGGCGAAGAUGGCGACUUUGGAAGAAGGAGCGUUGAUUAGCUGUCACUCCGUCGAGUUAUGGCAACAACUCUAUGAAAAGCACAAACAAAUUAAAAAAUUGUUGGUUGUGGAUUUCACAGCCUCAUGGUGUGGUCCAUGCCGUAUGAUGGCACCGAUCUUUGCCGAAUUAGCUAAAAAGUUUCCCGAUGUUAUCUUCGUUAAGAUCGAUGUGGAUGAACUAAAAAGCAUUGCUGAGGAUUUCUCAGUGGAGGCAAUGCCAACAUUCAUGUUUCUUAGAGAUGGAGAAGUAGUGGACAGGAUUGUGGGUGCUUCCAAAGAUGAACUCCCCAAGAAAAUCGAGACUCUUAGGGGACCAGCUGCAUAAGCGUAGCACAAAUACAUAUUAAUGACUUACUUGUCUCUAAAGUGUCAUUCUAAGCAUGUUUAUGACUUAUUUCUAUGAUGUGAAGAAGACCAGUAAAUAUUAGAAGAUAUGUGUUAUAUGUACAAUAUUUUGUUUCAACUGCCAUAAGUUAUAUCUUGUGGAAAAGAACAUUAAAUAAUUGGUAAUUGUAGUUUAA